ACAAGGCCGUAGCGUUAGUGUCGACACUCGAGGCUGUUCGGGACGGGCUGAACUACUGCGACGAGCGGAACUUCUCAAUCCAUACAACACACGGAAGAGGGAAAAAGGCAAAAACAAAAGGAGGAAAAAACAACCGCAAAACAAUGUCGGAAAACAACUCGGACGCAAAGGGGAAGAACUCGGUCGAAGCGGCCUCGAAGGAGGUGAAUGAAGAAGUUCCAGCGAAAAGAGGCAGGAAGGCUGGCAAGAGGGUCUCGUCUAAUCCCCAGUCAUAUCUGGACGCAGAUGCCAUCCUCCAUGACAAAGAAGAGAACGAGGGAAGGAGGACGACUCGGUCUUCAACUAGGGGAACGACAGUAGCGACCCCGCCGCCGGCCAAGCGUGAGAAAAAGACCCCACCAGCCAAAGGACGCGGACGAGGCCGGGGGAAAAAGAAUUACAAAGAGGAGGAAGAGGAAGAGGAAAAGGAAGAGGUGAAGGAGGACGAGAAACCGUCCGAAGACGAGAAGCCCAGCGAAGGCGGUGCCAACGGCGAAGACAUGGAAGAGGAGACAACUAAGAAAGAAGGAAAGGAAGAACAGAACGAGAAGGAAAAGGACGAAGUAGAAGAAGAAAAGGCUGAUCAAAACGACGGCGUCAAAGAUCAACCGACAGAAGAGAAAAAAGUCAACUCAACAACGAAGGAGGAGGAUGAAAAAGAGGAAACAACACAGUAGAAGGGGAAGGUCGAGAGCGAGAGAAAGAGAGAAAAAAAAUUAAAAAGAAAAGAAGAUACCUCGUUUUUUAUCCUCCGCAGGGGUUUGGUGUGCAGACAGUGAAAGUGGUGAACCAAUUUGUGGAAAACUCUGGUUUUUCUUUCUUUCUUUUUUUUUCUUUUUUAUAAUUUUAUCCACCUGUAUAUACGUACUUACAAAUUAAAAGACAAAAUUUAAACCGGCUAGCCUGAUGAAAUAUUAAGUAUGGAUUUUAUAAUAAUUUAUAAUUUUAAAAAAAUUGCACCAUUGAUGAAUUUUAUACUGUAACAUGAAAUUUGUAAAUGUUUAAAAUUUCUCUUGACCUCAGACCUAUUUUAAGAACAAAUAACCUUACAUGUAAACUUAUAUAGCAUCAUUGCUAUAUAAUAUAUUAUUUUAUUUAUUUAUUUAUUAAAAAAAUGUCGGUCUGGCUAAAUAAACUCUUGUCCUUUGCUGUGUAAGUAUGUAUAUGUAUAUAUAAAUUUUAAUUUGUGUUAUUUUGUAUAAAUAUUAUUUAGGGGAAUAUAAGUCGUUCUCAACUAAUAUAAGAAAAAUAACCGAUUAGUUUUAUUUUAUAUAUUAUAUAGACAGAUGCGUUCAUAAAAAGAAAAAGGAAAGAAAAAGGAAAGAAAAAGGUUUUCGGUAUUUUAAGGGGGGGUUGAACACUCCGAUUAUGUUUCUUACCAGUUUGUUUUAAUUUUUUAGCAUAAAAAAACCAUGUACAAAAAACAAAAAAAUCUUUAUAGAUUGCUUUUUUUUGUUGUAAUUUUUAACUCAUUUUGUCUUUAAUGCAUUUGCCUUUUUUGGGGGUUGGGAUUUUUAUUUUCCCUCCUUCAUUUUUUAGCAUGUAGUACACAGGGGUCAUGUUAGUCACAGGCGCCGUUCUUCCACCCGCUGUACAUAAUGGCACAAAGCGUACACCGUACUCCCGUGUCUCACUUUAAAACUUGCCUGUAAAUAUCAAAUUAUUAUUAUUAUUAUUUUUUUUUUUUUUUUGAAAUUUAGAAAUAAUGAAAUGUUCAAAUACAGGACAUCACUUUUGAAGGUGCGCCCCCUGUUUUCUUUUCUUUUUUUUUCUUCUUUUCAUUUUCUCAACAACCACCCCCUUCUCUCCUGAGGAAUGUACAUUUGCCUUACUUUUUAUUAUAAUAAAAUAAUUUUUAAAUAAUUUCAAAUGUGUAGAUUAAAAAAAAAAAAAUCAGUUGUACAAAAUUGUGUGCAAUCCUCCCCUCUUUUUUAUCCUAUUAUAAUUUAAAAAAUAAAAAUAGAGGAAAAUAAUAUUAGUUUUAUAAUAAAUAUUUUUUUUUGUAAAUAUUAAAAAUGUGGCCAUUUUCUUUAUAUAUUUAAAAAAAGCAUGAGAGAAAAAGAAAAUUUUACCUCUAUCCACCACCUCCCCCUUAAAUAAUUAUUAUAUUUCAAAGGGAAGUUAAUAUAUUAAUAAUUAAGCGACUCAUUUAAUAUAUUAUAUUGUUUUUCUUAAAAAAUAAUAUAUUGGUAAUGUUUAAAAAAAAAAGAUAAGAAAAUAAUUAUUGUAGGUUUUUUGUUUAUUUAAGAAACAAUUUAAUUCUGCAUUUUUCCCCUCCUCCCACCGUGAUAUUUUGAACUUGUAAAUAUCUUAAAGAAGAA